AGCACAACGGUUGAUGCAAUAUUCCCAUUACUAAGUGAAUAUUGCUAGUAGUAGCAUUCAUAUAUCCAGUAUUUUCCGCGGCAUUUCUUUUUUGAUCAAUUCGUGCGGCGCGUGGUUCUUCGAAAGUGUUGUCACAUCGCAGACUGCAUGGGUUUCAAGUGCCCAGGAACGCUGCCCCGGAAAUGUGCGUCGUAAACAAAAGCGACAGCAGUCCAUUUUUGUGCGGUGUACGUGAGGACAUGUGAAGUGGGAUUGCUUACAGUUCGUGUUUCUCCGUCUGCUGCAAAGUUUGCGCGUUUGCCUCCGGCGCGCGCAUCAGGAUGGCAAGCAAUGAACAGCGAACUUUUAUCUACCUCAACUUCGACAUCGACCCGUUCACAGCGGAGCUCGUGUUUCCACAGGGUGUCCCCAAGGGCGGCUCAGUGUCCCUCGUGUUCGGCGCCUUCCAGAAAGGACGCUCCGUCAAGACAACAAAGUUCACCGAAGAAUUUGCCCGUAUGGUGAGUCAGAAGUUCCGAGUCUCGUCCCCACUCAUCGAUGGCAGUCCACAAUGCUUUAUCCGCAUUUCGCUCGUUAAGGAAGGCGCUGAACCGCCGCUGAUCCCGAACCCCAAUAAGACUGUCAGCCUUCUCAAAAAGCCCCCAGUACCGGCAGAGACAUCACAGCAGCCGAAACGAGCGCCGCCAGAGCCUCAGUUCCCCGUGACCAUCGACUCGGACGACGAAGAAGAAAAUGUAGAGGAAGUGGACGAUAACGACGUUCUCGAUGAAAACGCUGAAAGGGACGUGCCAGAGCGCGCUGGCCCUGCGGCCGUAAAAUCUGUUGCGGCGGUCUCUGGUGCAUCGAGAGAGACCGCUUCGAAAGCUGCUGCGCAGAAAUUCGCAGAGUCAAACGGUAGUGUCGAAGACCACAGCGACAGUGAUGAGUCGAUUGAGUCGCGGCCAAGUUCACCUUUCGAUGACGCGGGCGAUGAUGCUGCCGAAAGCACGGCGUCAGAUGGUGAUGAACCUUGCGCAUUUCGUUGUACUCAAUGUCCUGCGGCAUUUCACUUCGAAUCAGAGUUGCAGAAGCAUCGAGCGCUAGAACAUGGCAUACUGGAGGUCUGCAAGCAUUGCAGCAAGAAGUUCCCAAGCAAAUUCAGCCUGGUACGCCACAUGUGGUCACACUUGUCUCGUAGCAGGCUUCCUUUUCGCUGUGCAGAGUGUAAGAAGGGCUUUAUUACAAAGAGAGAGCUCCUUGGACAUAAAGCAAAACCACACAUGGGGAAGCUGCGUGCACAUCAAGAAAACGUAACAAGAGCAGAGAACAGAUUACAAACUCGAAGGGCAGUUACUUCGCAUGAAGGCAGUGAGGAACUCUCCUGCCCAGAAAGACGCUCGUACUCUGCUCCUGCUGAAGAGGAAAUUUUCUUCUGCGAGUUCUGUUCGGAGGUGUACUUGACAGGCCACUUCUACCGACAGCAUGUAUCUAAGCAUCAUGCUGAAAAGCUCGACAUGUAUCCUGUUGACAUAAGUCCAUUUAAUGGAGUUGAAAAAGACCCCAAAUCUGGCCCUGAUGAAGGGAAGUUCCGCUGCACACACUGCGACAAGUGUACAGGGCUGAGUUUUCGAGAAGUGUGCAACCACAUAAGUGACGAGCAUCCUACUGCAGGUGUGUACGCCUGCAAACGCUGUACCCUUGUGUUUUCUAAUGAAGAGGAAUAUGGGGCACACAGUGGCAAUCACCUUGUGAGGGUGACUCCCAGCCAGUCUUCACCAGGAUUCAAAGACUACCACUGUAAUUUGUGCAGUGAGGUGCUCAAUCACCGAAAAACCUUGGUUCGUCACUUGCAGCAACACCACCGUGAUCCCAAUAUCAAGCCCUAUGCAUGUGAUAUAUGCCCAUCUCGAUUUCGGGGCAAGGCAAGCUUGUACAUUCACACCCGUAAGCACAACACGCAGGUUGACCGUCGUCGCUUCCCUUGCACCCAGUGUCCCAAGAUCUUCACAGCCAAGCAAUUUCUUAAACGCCAUGAGGAGGCUGUACAUGCUCGAUUGCUGCCUUUUGCAUGCACCCACUGCUCAAAGCGCUUCUACUUUGAGCGCCACCUCCAGCAGCACCUAGUUAUGAGCCAUCGGUCAAAACUUACAGAGGAACAAGUCGCUGGAUUGGGCCUUAUUCAUAACUUCCAGUGUGAAGAAUGUGGUUUCACUUCAUACAGUGAGCGCACCAUCCGUCGCCAUGUAUACAGCCACACAGGCACUUACCCAUUCACAUGUGAAGUCUGCAAUCGUGGCUUUGUGUUUCGCUUUGAGUUGACAGCCCACCAUGCGAGGCGUCACCUGCACCAGAAGCUGCACUGCCACCUGUGCUCUCGUAUUUUCUUCAUCAAGGAGCGUUUUGAAAAGCACCUGUCUGCUCACCAAGAAAACUGGGGCUUCACAUGUCCGGUCUGUGGCCAGCUGUUUGAGACUCAAGGUUACCUGGAAAACCACCAACUGCGCCAUUCAGGCAAGACUCCAUACGAAUGCACCGACUGUGGCAAACGCUUUAGUGCACCCCAGGGUUUGACCUUCCACAAGCAGCAGCACCACCAUGCCAAACGUCCUCGCCACGUUGGCAACUCGCGCAUGGAUCACUGGCCCCUCGGAUGUGACAUUUGUGGAAUAAGAUUCAAAUACUUGAGCAGCCAGCAAGCACACAUGGCUUUCCACCACCCGUCCACUGAGGGUGAGUCACUCCAGUGCACCUACUGCCAGCGUAAGCUAGGAUCCAAGCUGGCUCUCUCACAGCACCUUCGGAAGCACACAAAUGAAAAAUACAAGUGCAAACACUGCGAUCGCUGUUUCCAGUCUUAUGUAGGGUGCCGUACUCACCAGGUUGUCAUGCACACACGCAAGUUCAAAACAUCCUGUCCAUUUUGCAGCAAGGGGUGUGUAUCGAUUUUUGACCUUAAGCGGCAUCUCAAAACUGUGCACAAUGCAGUUGUGGUCAAGGAGCACAACCUUGAAAUGCUUGAUGCUGAUGGCACUGAAGCUAUAGAGGUGAUGGAUGAGAGCAUGAUCGUUGGGGAAGAGGCCAUUCACAUAGUGGAAGAGGAUGGAAUGGAGGGCAUAACUGAAGAAGGAGAUAUGCAUAUUGUUGAAGAAGAUGGCAUCGAGGUAGUUGGCGAAGGUGCCGUUCAAGUUGUUGGUGACGAUGGGAUCCACUUUGUUUCUCAUGAGCAGGCAAUGGAGCUCAUUUCUCAGGAGGGCAUGCAAGUUGUCAAAGGGCAGUACAUCCAUGCAGAUUUGAGGCAAGAUGUUCAGCUGGUCAGCGACGAAGGCGCAAAGGGUGGAAAUGAAGUGGUUUUGUUGGAGCUUGGGGAGCCAUCAGUGCAGACGUAGAACUGCUUGCACCUUGCCAAUAAUCUUUUAUUAGUGCAAAGAAACCACUUUGUUGAAUAAAGCUGUUUGUACAAUUGUCAUCAA